AUAAAAAAAGGAAAACCGAAAUGGGGUAAAAGAGGAAACGGGUCAACCCAAUCCUCUCUCCCUCCAUAAUUGGUUCCUCUCUCUCUCUUUCUGCCCUCGCUUUCUCUCUCUAUAUCGGGAUCUUAGUCAAGGAGGCUCCGAUCGUCUCCUCCGCCGCCGUCAAAUUCCAAGAUGAUCACAAUCCCCUACCUCACCGCCUUGACCACAUACUUCAGCUACGGCCUCCUCUUCGCAUUUGGCCAGCUGCGCGAUUUUUUUCGCAAGAUUCUCGACUGGUGGUCCAAGAGCAACCUUCAGGGCUAUGCGCCGAUCUGUUUGGGGCUGGAGGAUUUCUACAUUCGGAGAUUGUAUCUGCGGAUUCAGGAUUGCUUUAAUAGACCAAUAUCCAGCUCUCCAGAUGCUUGGUUUGAUGUGGUGGAACGUAUCUCCAAUGACAAUAACAAAACUCUAAAGCGAACCACAAGAGUGACAAGGUGCCUGAAUUUGGGAUCAUAUAACUAUCUAGGGUUUGCGGCAGCAGAUGAAUACUGCACACCUCGUGUAAUCGAGUCCUUGAAACAAUUUUACCCGAGCACCUGUAGCACCCGGGUUGAUGGAGGCACAACCACAUUGCAUGCCGAACUAGAGGAGUGUGUCGCAAAUUUUGUAGGAAAGCCGGCUGCAGUGGUUUUUGGCAUGGGCUAUGUAACAAAUUCGGCCAUUCUUCCUGUAUUAAUGGGGAAGGGAAGUUUGAUUAUCAGUGAUUCUCUGAACCAUAACUCCAUAGUUAAUGGUGCUCGAGGGUCUGGAGCCACUAUUCGGGUUUUCCAGCACAACACACCAUCCCAUUUGGAGAAAGUUCUGAGGGAACAAAUUGCUGAGGGACAGCCCAGAACACACAGACCUUGGAAAAAGAUAAUGGUUGUGGUGGAGGGAAUCUAUAGCAUGGAAGGGGAACUCUGCAAGCUCCCUGAAAUUGUUUCCAUAUGCAAGAAAUACAAGGCUUAUGUUUAUCUAGAUGAGGCCCACAGCAUUGGAGCUGUUGGAAAAACUGGAAGGGGUGUCUGUGAGCUCUUAGGCGUUGAUACUGCAGAUGUGGAUAUUAUGAUGGGAACUUUCACUAAAUCAUUUGGAUCAUGUGGUGGCUAUAUUGCAGGAUCUAAGGAGCUUAUUCAAUACUUAAAGUACACUUGCCCUGCUCAUCUGUAUGCUACGUCAAUAUCACCGCCUGCUGCACAGCAAAUUAUUUCUUCCAUUAAGGUUAUUCUCGGAGAAGAUGGUUCCAGCAGAGGGGCUCAGAAACUAGCAAAAAUACGUGAGAACAGCAACUUUUUCAGGUCUGAACUGCAGAAAAUGGGUUUUGAGGUUCUGGGUGAUAAUGAUUCCCCUGUCAUGCCAAUAAUGCUUUAUAAUCCAGCCAAAAUUCCUGCCUUUUCACGAGAGUGCCUCAGGCGGAAUGUGGCUGUUGUGACUGUUGCUUUUCCAGCUACCCCUUUAUUGUUGGCACGUGCUCGCAUUUGCAUCUCUGCUGCUCAUACAAGGGAAGACCUUGUUAAAGCUUUGGAGGUUAUCAGCAGCGUUGGCGAUUUGGUAGGUAUAAAAUACUUCCCUGCGGAGCCAAAGAAACAACAGCUGGAGGGAGAGAGAGUUAAGCUGGAAUGACAGGACAAGUUGUCUUACCGAGAUUGGCAAGUCUCCAAAAGAGGUUCCAUUAGUAUAAUAGAAUCAUUUUUCUAGCUCCAGUGGCUGGCUACAAGUGACUUGUGAAAUUUUGUUUGUUUUGUACAUAAAAUUGUAAUUUGUUUUUGUUACAAGUCCUAAAUUAUAUACUUUCUUAACACUUUCUUUCAUUAUUUCUCACCAGGAUUAUAGCUCUCGAACUUUGCUUCUCAGUUGUCUCCAUAGGUGUAUAUAGUCUUCUUGUUC